AGUCAAUCACCGAGCGAUGCCAAUUGCAGCGCCUAGUGACUAAUUCUCGAGUUUCAAACUUCUUUCUGCCGCCUCUGAGUAGUAGUUACGCGGGGUACAAGUUCUUAUUUAAGGCUUGCUGCUAUCCAUUUACCCUUACCACCACACCGCCUAACCUCGGUAAGAACUAAGAGACGAACUAGGACCUUUUGCCAUGAGUCAAAUAAAAGGGAUCUUGGUUCCCUAAGCGCGAAAGCGCGAGGGAACUGGUUCAGACAUAGUCUUUAAGGUGCCGCUCCCCGCCAUGGCCAGCAUACGGGAAUGAAAAUCGCUUAUUCCCAGGACACACACACGAUCAAUGUCCAUCCAGGUCUAUGACGCCACCCUUUUGACAUCAGAACGCAUGUCGCCCAAGAACAGAUUAUCAUGAUGGAUAGUACUGAAAAGGAGACGAGGUCCGACUCGUCGCGGAACGAAAGCGGCCUUGUGGGAGAAGAGACGCACCGAACGGGGAGCCGCGUCGGGCGCGUGCUGAGUCGGAUCGCGUCGGCGCCAACUGCGGAUCCUGGGCCACCGCCUGACGGAGGAUAUAAUGCUUGGAUGGCCGUACUGAGCGCGCACUUCAUCUUCAUGGAUACAUGGGGCUUCGUCAACUCUUUCGGUGUUUUCCAGACAUAUUACGUUCAACAACUAAAGAGACCGCCAUCAGACAUCUCAUGGAUUGGAUCCUUCCAAGUCUUCCUCCUCUUCUUCAUCGGCGCAUUCUCGGGGCGUUUUACCGAUGCAGGGUACUUCCGUCACCUCUACUUCUCCGGCUGCUUCCUCAUCCUGCUCGGCAUCUUUGCGACGUCAUGGUGCACGCAGUACUGGCAGAUUUUCCUCUCGCAUGGCGUCUGCGUCGGUCUGGGCUUUGGUCUGGUGUUUUGCCCAUCCCUAGCGACGCUGUCGACCUACUUUGAUAAGAAGAGGGCCAUCGCCAUCGGCAUGGCGGCCGUGGGAAGCGCGUCGGGUGGAUUGGUGUUCCCGAGUACGGUUCGGCAGCUGCUGCCGCAGGUCGGGUUUCCAUGGGCUAUGCGCACACUUGGUUUCAUUCAGCUUGCGACGCUGACUGUUGGCUUCAUCUUUCUCAAGCCGCGCAUACCUCCGCGCAAGGCGAGCAAGAUGGUGGACUUGGCGUCGUUCAAGGAACUUGAGUAUACCUUCUACACUGCCGGGGGGUUCUUUUCCUUCAUGGGAGUGUACUUUGCCUUCUACUACCUGGCCUCCUUCAGUCGAGACGAGCUCGACUUCUCCUACACGGACUCGCUGAAUCUCUUGCUGGUCCUGAAUGGCAUCGGCUUCAUUGGCCGCCUAGGCCCAAACUUCCUCGCAGACAAAAUCGGCACAAUCACCGUCUUCACACCCAUGGCUCUAAUCUCGGGACUCUUAACCUACUGCUGGAUCGCCGUGAAAUCGCCAUCGGGACUCUACGUCUGGACCAUCUUCUUCGGCAUCGCGGGUAACGCCAUCCAGGCUCUCUUCCCGGCUGGCGUUAGCGCCUUGACGACGGACCCGAGCAAGCAAGGGACGCGCAUCGGAAUGGUCUUCACGAUUGUUGCGUUUGCCGUGCUCACUGGGAAUCCGAUCGCCGGCGCCAUCAUCUCUGCUACCGGCGGUCGAUACCUUGGCGCCCAGGCUUUUGCUGGUAGCUGUCUUAUGUUAGGGACGUUCUUCUUGACCUUGGCGCGAAUCGUGAAGACGAAGAAGAUUGGCAAAGGUUGGUUUGUCAAGGUUUGAGCUUCAUCGUUGUUAAUGGGGGAGGGAGGAAUGAAGGAAGCUGUACAAUAUUGUAUAAAGCCGAGUCUAGACGUUUAAGGCACCUUUAUGUAGUCCUACUCGUAUCCUGGCAAAGAGUCUCACCCAAUUCUAGUCGAAUCAGUUACGACGGUUGUUUCUUCGCUAGCAUCUAAUAGACCGAAUCCGAGAGGCUGACUGAUCCCAAUCUCCCGGGCUACGUUUGACUUUCGAUCACAAUCUGAAUAAAGAUCCGUGAUUGAGCUGCUCUGCAAGCUGGCAUUACCCUUUUGGUUUAGAGAACCAACUAAUUGGGCAGCGCUUGGCUCGUCU